AUGGAUCCAAAGUUGUUGCUUUGCUUACCUCAAGGAGAUGAACUGUUUAAUCCCCUUAAUACCAUGUUUAUUCAAAUGGCUUGCAUUCUCGUCUUCUCUCAAUUGUUUUAUCUCCUUCUUAAACCCUGCGGCCAAGCUGGUCCCGUUGCCCAGAUUCUUGCUGGGAUUGUGUUGAGUCCUGUUUUGCUCUCAAGAAUACCUAAAGUUAAGGAAUUCUUCCUCCAGAAAAAUGCAGCAGAUUAUUACUCCUUCUUCUCCUUCGCUUUACGGACAUCUUUCAUGUUCUUGAUCGGUCUUGAAGUGGAUCUACAUUUCAUGAGAAGAAAUUUCAAGAAAGCUGCGGUGAUAACCUUGAGCUCAUUCGUGGUUUCCGGCCUCCUCAGUUUCGCUUCCUUAAUGUUAUUCAUCCCUUUGUUUGGGAUCAAAGAAGAUUACUUUACGUUUUUCUUGGUUCUUCUCGUUACCUUGUCUAACACGGCAUCUCCUGUCGUAGUCCGUUCAAUCGCUGAUUGGAAACUCAACACAUGUGAGAUCGGACGGCUGACAAUCUCAUGUGCGUUGUUCAUCGAAUUAACAAACGUGGUUCUCUACACUAUAAUCAUGGCGUUCAUCUCUGGAACUAUCAUACUUGAACUCUUCUUGUUUCUUUUGGCAACCGUAGCCCUAAUAUUGAUCAACAUGGUCUUAGCUCCAUGGCUUCCAAAGAGGAACCCUAAAGAGAAGUACCUCUCAAAGGCUGAAACUUUAGUUUUCUUCAUCUUCCUUCUCAUCAUCGGUAUAACUAUCGAAUCCUACGAUGUAAAUUCCUCGGUUUCUGUUUUCGCCAUUGGCAUAAUGUUUCCACGACAAGGAAAGACUCACAGAACGUUGAUACAACGGCUUAGUUACCCGAUUCACGAGUUUGUUCUUCCGGUUUACUUUGGUUACAUUGGAUUCAGAUUCAGCAUCAUCGCGUUAACCAAACGCUUUUACCUCGGUAUAGUUAUUAUCGUGAUUGUAACCAUAGCUGGGAAAUUUAUUGGUGUAAUAAGCGCUUGUAUGUACCUGAAGAUCCCUAAGAAAUAUUGGCUUUUCUUACCCACCAUUCUCUCUGUUAAAGGCCAUGUCGGUCUUCUUCUUCUAGACUCCAACUAUUCCGAAAAGAAAUGGUGGACCACAACUAUUCAUGAUAUGAUGGUGGCUGCUUUGGUGAUAACGACGCUAGUAAGUGGUGUUCUGGCAUCUUUCUUGCUUAAAACAAGAGAGAAGGACUUUGCUUACGAGAAGACUUCGCUUGAGUCUCAUAACACGAACGAGGAAUUACGCAUUUUAUCGUGCGCCUAUGGAGUCCGUCAUGCUCGCGGUGCGAUCUCUCUUGUCUCGGCCUUGAGCGGUUCUCGUGGAGCCUCUGAUCCGUUUACACCUCUGCUUAUGCACCUUGUACCCCUCCCCAAGAAACGAAAAUCGGAACUGAUGUAUCAUGAGCACGACGAAGAUGGAGGCAAUGCGAAUGGAGAUGACGAAUUCGGGACCAACGAAGGUUUAGAGAUCAACGAUUCGAUUGAUUCGUUUGCUAAAGACAGCAAAAUCUUGAUCCAACAAGUGAAGCUCGUGACUCAGAUGCUUAAUAUGCACGAAGAGAUCUGUAACGCAACAGAGGAUCUUCGAGUUUCCAUUGUAUUUCUUCCGUUUCAUAAACACCAGAGAAUCGAUGGGAAGACUACAAACGAUGGGGAACUGUUCAGACAGAUGAACCGUAAUGUUCUAAGGCACGGUCCGUGUUCCAUUGGCAUUUUUGUGGACCGUAACAUAACCGGAUUUCAGCAGCCGCACGGGUUUGAUUCUGUACAACACGUCGCGACAUUGUUCUUUGGUGGUCCGGAUGAUCGUGAGGCUCUUGCUCUGUGCAGAUGGCUCGCGAAUAAUACUCUGAUUCAUCUCACAGUUAUACAGUUUGUCUCCGAGGAAUCAAAGGCAGAGACUCCUGUUGGAAAUGCUAUGACACGAGAUAAUAAUGAGGUUUUCAUGGAAGUUCUGGGAAGGAAUCAAACUGAACAAGAAACAGAUCGGAGCUUCUUAGAAGAAUUCUAUAACAGAUUUGUAACAACGGGACAAGUGGGGUUCAUAGAGAAGCUAGUGAGCAAUGGACCGCAUACGCUGACUAUUCUAAGAGAGAUUGGAGAGAUGUAUUCACUGUUUGUGGUCGGAAAGAGCACAGGAGAUUGCCCUAUGACGGUGAGAAUGAAAGAUUGGGAAGAGUGUCCGGAGCUUGGAACUGUCGGUGAUUUCUUGGCUUCGUCUUUAGAUGUAAAUGCUUCUGUAUUAGUAGUUCAAAGACAGAGACAUUCACAUGAUAGCUUUAUAGAUGAUUAG